AUGGGACGAUUUGCAGAUGGAAGCAGAAAUCCGACGGUGAGCGCCUCGACGUGGGCGCUUCUGACGGCGGCGAUUCUCAGCGUCUUGUCGCGGCUGAUCAGCAAAUAUCGGACCGUCCAUCGGUUCACCACCGAUGACUACCUGAUAAUCGUCUCGGUGAUCUUCUGCUCCGCCCAGUCAGUCGCGGUCUCCAUGGCCGUGGCGAAUGGAUAUGGAGACCGCUUCAAUCAGAUCUCCGAGGAGCGAUUUGAUGCCGUUAUGAAGGCUCAAUACUCGGCGACGAUUCUCUACAUCGCUGGUCUAUACACAUCAAAGCUAUCACUCUGUCUUUUCAUCCGAAAUCUUUCGCCAAAGCCGCGCGAUCACCUGUUUUCGAAUACCGUUCAGAUAUCAACAGCGGCGUGGGCGCUCACUGCGCUAUUUGCGACGGCCUUUCAAUGUCAGCCUCGUCGGACAUGGGAUUACCGACAGGGGAAUUGCAUCAACAUGGUCGCAUGGCACUAUUUCUUCUGCGGUUCAAAUUUAGUCACCGAUUUGUCUAUCAUCCUCCAGGCUUUGUUUCUGGUAGUGCGACUCCACGCGCCCGUUAAAAAGCGGUUUUUGUUCGCCAGUAUCUUCCUGACUCGCGUACUGGUGAUCGGUGCCAUCAUCGCUGAGUUGGUUCUCAUUCAAGACCUCACAGCGCUACCUGACCCGACUUACGAUUACUGCUUCAACACCGUCGCUAUGGAGGUUGUUCAAUGCAUGAGCAUUAUGACUGCCUGUUGGGGACAGUUGAAACCCUUCCUCAACCAGAUGAAAUCUAACGGCAUGCGCAUUCCCGGUGCCGAAUAUCAACCCGCCUACGGCAAAUACUCGAAUUCACGCUCGCAACGGACCGAACACACGACAGGAUCUGGCGACGCUCACGAUCUGGUUCCCAUUCCUCCCGGACAGGGGAAUCAGACGACCAUUUCUACCUCGCCCGCAUGGGACGCGGCCAGUCAGUCAAGUCAGGUUGGAAUGAUUCGAGAAACAAGAACCUGGGUGGUGACCGAUUCGCGACGGAGUGAUAGCUUAUGA